GUGUGGGGAAGCGUGGGCCUGCUGCGGCUGGUGAGUAACUCUGCCGGGCGCCCCUGCCGCUCCCCCAUCAUAGCCGCCUACGCUUCACAAUCGGAGCCAGUUUAUCAGGAGAGGGGGAACAGGCACUUUGAAGCUUGUUGCCAUCUCGGUUGCCGUGGCAGCAGCAGUCCUGUGUUUCCUGACAUGGGGAGAGGUGGUGAGUACAGCAGCUGAGCUGAACGAAGAGACGCCCUGGAGAUUCAGUCGGACGGGGUCCCCGAGGGCCUGCGGGGAGACUCGCGGAGGGGCCUCUGGCACUCAACGCCACAGCUGGAUUGCAUCUCCUCCAUGUACCAUAGAUCUGGAUCUGUGAGAUUCCCCUUGGAAGCUCCAGGGAAAGUGCCGUACGUGAAGCAAAUGUCAGUACCUGAGACUCAGCUGCACUGAUGACCCUUCGAGGGAGGGCACCCCCCCCCCAUACCACUGGGCAAUAAAUGUCCCACCAGAAGCAGAGCAGCUUUCCUGGCCUGCCGUCCCGAUACAGCGGUGAUGGAUGCUUCCAGCAUGGCACUGACAGGGGGGUCUCAGGUUGGGGUUGCCAGGAUCCUGAGAACAGUAAAAGAAGCCCACGGGCAUCUCGACCCUGUUCUGUGUUGGAGCUGGAGAGGAGCUACACAAACAGCUACCCCUCGUCAGGGGUCCCCUUCCAAGGAGAGAACCCUCUGAACGGGACGCCAGGACCCCGGGAGCCCGGCCACGCAAACAGCGCAUGGAGAGAGUCCAGCAGGGGCUCUCUUAGCCCCAAGCACAUCGAAAGAGCCAGGUCCAUGAGCCCCUUGCGAGGGAUCCACUCCAUAGAUAGUGGGAUAGUUUUAACCAGUGACAUGGAAUGUGCCAGGAGGCAUUCCAGCCCACCACUCAGAAGGAGGCAUUCUUUAUCUCGUCUCCCGGACUGGGGCACAGAAGAAUAUGGUCCCAUGCGGCCAUUGGCUCGAAGGGUGUGGAGUGGAUUGGAGCUGGACCUGCGGGGAUCUUUACCAGAGAAUGUGCAGAGGACAGCAGCGCUGGGGCCCUCUCUGCGGGACACUCCUGGGGUGCUAGAGGGACAGGCAGAAGCGCUGCAAAAGCUGGAACUCAACAGGGUGAAGUUUGAGCUACUUUCCAUUAAGCAGAAGCAGAUGGAGAGCUCCCUCACCCAAUUAGAGAAAGAAAAGAGCUGGCUGGACCUGUCCCGCUAUGAAGACCAGAAACAGAGAGGGGACUUGCAAGAGAAGAUCCUUAAUUUGGAGAUGGAGGUGGUGAAGGCCAAAUCCUGCUUGAGCAGAAUGAGCUGCCGCUCAGUCUCCCCAAGUCCCAGCCAGAGGUUGUCUGUGGAGAAGGAGGAGCUGAACCGAGAAAUGACAGCUCUUCAGGAAACCCUGAGUGGUUACAAGGAGCACAUGAAGGUUCUGGAAGCAGAACGGGAUGAAAUGACCCAGCAGCUGAACUCAGCGAAAGAGGGGCAACAGCUGGCUUUCAGCCAGACCAACGAGGCCAACCAGAGAGUGACGGAUUCGCUCCAGGCGACAAAAGCACUGCACAAGGAAAUUGGCAGACUCCAAGGGGCUUACAACAGCACCAGCCGGGAGAAGGAGCUGCUGUCUUCCAAGGUGGCCAGGCUGGAGGAGAGAGUAUCUGAGCUCACCAUGAAGCUGAAGCCUGCCCUGUCCGACAGGGAGAGGUUCCUAAAGGAGAAAGUGGAGCUGCACCAGCAGGUGCAGGAUCUCACCCUGCAGCUGGAACAUGCGCAGCGGAGCCAAGAGGGCUUCAACGGCCAAGUAUCAGACCUUCACCUGGAGCUGGUGAAUGCCAAGGCCCAGGCCAACCGCCAGGACCAGGAGAAGGUCCUGAUGAAGGAGGAGCUGGUGACCCUCAGACAGGUAAAUGAGAAGCUCUCCUCUGAAUUGGGUCAGAGCCACCAGAGACUGGAGACCUCCCUGGGUCAGCUCCACCAUCUGGAGGCUGAGAAGAAGAUCCUGACCAAUAGGAUCCAGGCCCUGGAGACUGAGCGCAUGCAGCUGCUGGGUGAACAGGAGGCGCUGAAGUCAGAGAUGCAGAGGGAUGCUGGAGGCCAGGGAAAUGAUGUGGCAGCUCUUCAAACAACCUGCGAAGGGCUCAGGGCAUCGCAGUCCCUGUUGCAGGCGGAGAAGAAAGCCCUGCAGGCUCGCUGCAUGGAGCUGGAGGCUGUCCUGCGGCACAAACAGGAGGAGUUGUGUGGCCAGCUCGCAGAGCAGCAGCAGGUCUCCCAGCACUGGAAGGACAGAUGGAACCAGGUGGCCGUGGCUCUAAAAACCAAAGAGGAGGAACUGGAGCAAGCACAUGUGGCGCAUCAGAGCUUGUCUGCCAAGCACACUGAGCUCCUGGAGGACUGCGAGCUGCUCCAGGUGGAUGCGGAGGAGCUGGCCGAGCUGAGAGGCACCGUGCGCAGCCUGAAGGAAGAAAAUGGAGACUUAAUGAGACAGCUGAGGGAGCAGCAACAGGCCACCCAGCUGCUGCAGCUACAGCAAGAGCUGGCUACAAACACAUCUCUACCGGGAUCAGGCUCAGAGAGGACUUCAGAACAAGAGGCCCUUUACAAAGAGAUCCAGGAAACCCACGACAGGAUAAAGAGGCUGGAGAAUGAAAAAGCUGAGAUGAAGUCCGAGAUCAGGAAGCUGAAGCCCUCAGAGCACACUGGCAGUGGGGAAUGCGGUGGACACAAAAGGCUGGACGGCGCUUCCGUUCUGCGGAUUGAACUGGACGCCUGUAAGCAGGAGCUGGAGCUGGAAAAGAGCCGCAGUCAGGCUCUGAAUGGCAAAGUGCAGCUGCUGCAGUCCAGGCGCUGGGACAGUGCUACUCCCCCACAUGAGAUCAAGUUCCCAGCAACCUCCAAUACCACAGCAACAUCUGGCUUAGAGAUGGAUUGUCCCGUGUCCUCUCCAGGAAGUUCUCAGAUUUCUAGUCCUCAAGGAGAACCGUUGGCCAUGGAGAGCCCUCAGGGCUUGAUGGCCUCAGGGGACCUGUCUGAGGUGGAGAGCCUGAAGCGGAAGCUCCAGAGGGAGACUGCAUCCCAACAGGAAAAGGAGGAGCUGAUCUGGACUCUGAGAGAGGAAUUAGAAGAACUGAAACUAAAGCAGCCAGGAGACAUCAAGGCCUCCCUGGAGGAAGUAGACACAGAGUUAGCGCUGGUCCGAGAAGAGCUGCAGAAGGUUUGGGACAUGCUGAAAACACGUGAUACGGCGCUGGAAGAACAACACCUGGAGUUAGAAUCGGCCAGGAGCCAGUACACUGAAUGCAGCUCAGAGAAGCUGAGACUGGAACAACUUGUCGCCUCUCUGGAGCACCAGCUGGCGGAGAGAGAGCAGGCGUUGAGGCACCUUCGACAAGCAAGUGAGAUGGAAAAAAACAAGCUGGAGAUUCAAGCCUCUUCAUUAGAGCUGAAGCUGGCAGAAGUGGAGGUCCUGAGAGACGACGCCCACCGACGCCACCAGGCAUCCGGCCCCACAGAAGUACAGAGCUGGGGCCUCAGGCAGAGCCGUGACAGUCACUCCCAGGGAAAGUGCUCCCGGUGUGAUGCCUUUCUAGCCCAGCUGAACAAGAUGAUUCAAAGCUGUACAGAGAAAGGGGCUGUGGUGCAGGAGGACCAGGCCUUGACCUACCUGUGUGACCUGCAGGGGCUCCUCAAGAGGCUGAGUCACUGCGCGGCCGACCAAGUCACAAGGAGCCCCCAGGAAAAGAGCCAAACCCUGGAACAGCAGCAUCGGCUGGUGACCGAGCAGAACACAAGAGGAGCCAUCAAGCCGCAUGGGAAACCUCCGCAGGAGCUAAAAGAAAAGCAGCAGCCUAUGCCAGGAGAUCUGGGCUUCUCCAACAGCACCGAUGAAGCGCAGAGCCUCAGGCUGCAACUGCAAGAGAAAACAGAAAUGAUUUCAGCCAUGGCCUCUGAGAUCCAGGGACUGCAGCAAAAGAACGAACACCUGAUGAAAGCAAAACUGCGGUUUCAGCAGCAAAUCCAGGACAUCCGCAGCCUCCAGCAGCAGCGACAGGAAAGGAGCGACUCAGACCUGCUGGUUCCUAGGCUCUCCAGCCGGCAGGAGCUGGAGUUGGGGCUGAGCCAGUGGAGUGAAGGCUCUGCACCUCCGUCUGGCGGUGAUCCCCAUGCUUCCUCCCUCUGCCCCCUAUACAGCAGAGCGGCUCUGUACCUAGCCAAGCUGCCUGAGGCAGGAGACGAGCUGCGUUGCUUCAGUUCUGAAAGCAGUGGCAGUCAGUCCCCCAGGUCCCAGGCAGGGUCAGAACUGCCAGUGCUACCGCUGAGCAAGCUCCCUGCUGAUCCUGUGACCGGGAAGCUGCCUCCCCCUUCCACGCUGCCCCUCCCAGCCUCCAAUUCUGCAUCUGGCAAAUCCUCCCCUGAGGCCCGCUCCUCCCCAGUGAGCCCCCGGAGUCAGCCUGGCAGCCAGGAGUCCUCGUACACUCCCAAGGGAGCAGUGCUGCUCUCGCCGAGACCCUUUCGGGCACAACGACUGGGCUCGCCCUUUAAAUUCAGAAUGUGCCCGGAGCCCCCAGGGGAAAGCUGUGGCAGCUGAAGCACCCUGUCCGUUGAGGUCAGACUAGAUGAUCACAACGGCCCCCUUCUGGCCUUGGAAUCUAUGAAUCCUGCAUGGCUGGGUACACGUGGCUUUGAAUGAUCUGCUCUGUGCCCUCUCCUUAUCCUCUGAGCUGUUUGCCGUAGAGCCUGGCUGGUAAAUGAAUGAACAUAGCAUGUUCUCUUGGAACUGGCUGUUUCCCCCUGGCAGCGGGGAAAGGUGGUCUCCUGACCCUUUGGGUUGGAAUUCAGAUUGGGGGCAUUACAGGGGAGGGGCUGUUCUUGCACUAGUUGGGCAACUAAGUCCAACGGUCCUCAGUGCCCCGCACACCUGGGCCUCCUGGAGCAGGGAGCCACCAGCGUGGUCUGUGAGCAGCAAAUGGUUCGAUGUACGCUACAGGUUCUUCCCCUGCCCUCCUUGCCCGAGCAUCUGAGCACCUGCAGCUCAUGCGUUAAGGGAUUUGACUCACUUUUGCCAUGCAUAGUUCAUGCUUUCGCUCGUCUUCUCCCCAGGGGAAGAACUGUGUGCCGUGGAGUGUUGGCAAACAUACCCCCUGCUCUGUGUUUAUAUGGGCAAGGGCCAGUCAGAGGGGUGCGCCUGGCACCUAGACCAUGAGGUGGGGAGGGUUGUGACGGUCCUUAGGUUCAUCCCACAGUCUGAGGCUGGCCCCCAAGACAGCUCUGCCUCCUGCACAGCCGAGCUUUACCCUGAAGUUAGGAAGUGCCUUGGUGCCACAGGAGCAGAGCCCAACCAGGUCCCAGCCCAGAGCUUUAGGUGAUCUUCUACAUAGGCUGGGCCUCUUCUAUUCCCCUGAGAUGGGAAGCUUGCUUUUCCUUCCCUGGACAGCUCAACCUCCAGAGGGAGAGGCGGCUGUAGACAGAGUACCCCAAGCUAAGCAGGCUCAGCUGCUGCAUUGAGGAACAGGCAGCAGAGCGGGCCCAUGUAGCUCACUGCCUCCAGUUCCCUUCUCCCUAGCAGCCCUGCCUUCAGAGCCAUCAGGCAAUGAUCACUCGGUGGGCCCACCUUUUACAUUGUAAGCAAGAUCUCCCUUACUGCUCACUGCUGUGCUGCCACAGCCCUUCCAAAGCGCCAGAAGAGUUGGUGGAGGGGGCAGGUUCCCCACUGGCAGUGUUUGGGUUUCCCGGGGAGGUGGGUUUCAGUGGUGGGCAGCUAAGGAUUGUCAGCAUAGUCACAGAUGGAUCUGAUUUUUGUGAAGGCCUGAUGCCCUCUAGAGCAGGCCUUGAUCCUCUCCCCCAGCCCUCCAUGCAGCCCUGUGCUUGCUGUGAAAUCCCCUUGGCAUCGGACACCGAUCGCUGUCCCCGCAGCUGAUUUCUGGGGUGGGAGCGAAUCCCCACCCUCAUUAUUCUGCUUCCUGUGUGGAUAAUGUGUCUGUCUUCCAUAAAGGACUGGAAUGUG